CAAGCAUUGUACGAGUACAUACCUCCACCUGUUCCCUGCUUUCACUGCAGAUCACAAUAUCAUCUGCGAACAUCAUGGUCCAAGGGGAAUCAAGUCUAACCUUGUCUGUCAGCCUAUCCAUGACUACCGCAAACAGGCCCCAUCUUAUCACCUAGUUCUGGAGGGAAUCCUUAUUUUAUGGAUCAUCAGGCUUCUCUUCUCUAAAACCUACAGGCUCCAUGAGACAAAUAAACUGACUGAAAAGGAAAAAGAAGAUCUUAUUGAGGAGUGGCAGCCUGAACCUCUUACUCCCACUAUUUCCAAAGAUUCGUCCUUCAUUACCUAUGAUGUUGUCACAGGACCUCCCAGCCACAGAAUCAUAAUCAAUGGAAAAGAGUGCAUUAACUUUGCAUCAUUCAACUUCCUGGGUCUCCUUGACAAUGAGCGCGUGAAGCGAAAGGCUCUUUCAUCUUUGAAGAAAUAUGGGGUCGGAACAUGUGGUCCAAGGGGCUUCUAUGGAACGUUUGAUGUUCACCUGGAAUUGGAGAGUCGGCUAGCCAAAUUCAUGAAAACAGAAGAAGCCAUCAUCUACUCAUAUGGCUUUGCUACGAUUGCAAGUGCGAUCCCUGCUUACGCUAAGAGGGGUGACAUCAUCUUUGUGGAUGAAGCAGCCUGCUUCUCCAUCCAGAAAGGCCUACAAGCAUCCCGCAGCUUUAUUAAAUACUUCAAGCACAAUGACAUGGGUGAUUUGGAGAGGCUUCUCAGGGAACAAGAGUUGGAGGACCAGCAGAACCCUCGUAAGGCUCGAGUCACUCGUAAGUUCAUUGUAGUGGAGGGACUGUACAUCAACACUGCUGACAUCUGUCCUCUUCCUGAACUGGUAAAACUAAAAUACAUGUACAAGGUCCGGAUUUUCCUGGAGGAGAGCAUGUCUUUUGGUGUCUUGGGAGAGCAUGGCCGAGGGGUCACAGAACACUUUGGAGUCAAUAUAGAAGAUAUUGACCUGAUCAGUGCUAACAUGGAGAAUUCUCUGGCCUCCAUUGGAGGUUUUUGCUGCGGACGCUCUUUUGUAAUAGACCACCAGCGCCUCUCAGGCCAAGGUUACUGUUUCUCUGCGUCCCUACCUCCAAUGUUAGCUGCUGCAGCCAUCGAGGCCCUCAGCAUUAUGCAAGAGAAUCCAGACAUAUUCACCAUUCUGAGGGAAAAAUCUGCAUAUGUUUACAGAGCAUUAAAAGGAAUUCCAGGGCUGAAGUUAGUGGGAGUACAGUUUGCCCCAGCUCUUCACUUGCAGCUGGAGAAAAGUUCAGGCUCAAGAAUGACUGAUGUGCAGUUGCUGCGCUCCAUUGUAGAUUAUUGUAUGGAGAGAGAAGUGGCUCUGACCCUCGCCCGAUACCUUGAAAAAGAGGAGCGAUAUCCCUCUCCUCCCAGCAUCCGGGUGGUGGUGACCAUUGAACAGACAGAGGAAGAAAUACUGAAGGCCAAAUUCUGUAUACGGGAAGCCGCUUUAACACUGCUUAAAUGAAUUUGGGAUUUUUUUUCUUUUCACCAAUGUCACUUGAUCUCUUUAUUUUCUGGACUGAGUAAUAACCUUGAAAUAGAGUCCUUCACUCAGCACACUUACACUGCUUUUUAUCUGACAGCCUCCCAGCUCCCGUCUUGUGUAUCCUUACCACGAAUGUUAACUUGACAGCCGUCACUGAUAGACAAAAAGACUCCUGAAACUGCUGUGCUAAUAUUACUGUUCUGAGUGUUUGACAGCUCCUUGUACAUCAUUUGCUGCAUGCAAACAUGAUCAAACAUUUGGUAUUGAAACAUUAAGAUUAGUUAGUGUUAAACACAUUCACUGGCCUCUUCAACAUCCAAGCAUGUUUUGUUCUUUCUUGUGUAAUCUUGACAUUGUACAUUAUAUUAUUGUACAUUCAACAAAUGUUUUCUACUAAGCCAAUUAUUGCAUAAUUAAACUCAAAUAUGUGAAAUUGUCUUUUUUUGUAUGAGAAAUUGAAAAUUUAUCCUUCUUAAAUUAUUAGUGAAUGUCCAUUAAUAACAUAACAUUUUUCAGUUAUUUUUCAGGACUACAUGACAGGACUUGCUCAAUGACCGCAAAAGAGCAGGGACCACCGUUUCCAAGGUGACUGUUGGUAAUGCACUAAGACGUCAUGGUUUGAAAUCAUGCCUGGCACGGAAUGUUCCCUUGCUUAAACCAGCAUGUCAACCCCGUCUUAAGUUUGCCAAUGACCAUUUGGAUGAUACAGAGGAGUCAUGGGAGAAGGUUUUGUGGUCAGAUGAGACCAAAAUGGAACUUUUUGGUCAUAAAUCCACUAACCGUGUGUUUGGAGGAAGACGAAUGAGAGUUCCAUCCCAAGAACACCAUCCCUACUGUGAAGCAUGGGGGUGGUAGCAUCAUGCUUUGGGGGUGUUUUUUUGCACACGGACAGGACGACUGCACUGUAUUAAGGAGAGGAUGACCCCGGCCAUAUAUUGUGAUAUUUUGGGGAACAAUCUCUUUCCCUCAGUCAGAGCAUUGAAGAUGAGUCAUGGCUGGGUCUUUCAACAUGGCAAUGACCCAAAGCACACAGCGAGGAAAGUAGUGCCUCCGCAAGAAGCGUAUCAAGGUUCUGGUGUGGCUUAGCCAGUCUCCAGACCUAAACCCAAUAGAAAAUCUUUGGAGGGAGCUGAAACUCCGCAUUUCUCAGUGACAGCCCAGAAACUUGUCUGAUCUAGAGAAGAUCUGUGUGCAGGAGUGGGCCAAAAUCCAUCCUGCAGUGUGUGCAAUCCUGGUGAACAGCUGCAGGAAACGUUUGUACUCAGUAAAAGCAAACAAAGGCUAUUAAUUAAAUAUUAACAUUGGUUUUCUCAGGUGUACAAAUACUUAUUUGAACUUACUUAUUCUUAUCACACAAAUCUUCUUCUUUUCUUUUCGGCUUGUCCUGUUAUGGGUCGCCACAGCGUGGCAUCUUUUUCCAUCUAAGCCUAUCUCGUGCAUCUUCUUCUCUAACACCCACUGUCCUCAUGUCCUCCGUCACAACAUCCAUCAACCUUUUCUUUGGUCUUCCUCUCGCUCUUUUGCCUGGCAGCUCCAUCCUCAGUACCCUUCUACCAAUAUACUCACUCACUCGUCUCUGAACAUGUCCAGCUGUAUAAAUCGUUAAAAAAAUCAUACAUUCUGAUUUCUGGAUUUUCUUUUUAGAUUAUCUCUCUCACAGUGGACAUGCACCUACAAUGAAAGACUCCUCCAUGAUUCCCAAGUGGGAGAAUUUGCAAUAUAGCAGGGUGUACAAAUACUUGUUUUCUUCACUAAACAGAAUUAAACACACUAGAAAAUUCCAACUGAUAAGAUAAUGUUGUUUUUUUUGUUGUGGAAAAUAUUCUCUGUUUGAAUUUGAUACUUGAAACAUAUUCCUGAAAAGCUUUUGACAGGGGUAACAAAAUAUAGUACUGGGAAAGUUAAGAAAUGCUCUCCAAAUGCUUGGGACAUUCUACGGGUGAACAGGUUAAUUGGAAACACAUACCUGUCAACUUUUCGGUGCCAACCUGUAUAAACUACCAAAAAAAAUCCUUAUAGAGAGCAAAAAAUCCUUAUGACAUACCGAAGCAAA